AUGCGCUGUGUCCCUCGGACACAGCGGAUCACCGAUCACGGAAAGAGCCGAAGAUGUUGGCUCGGUCAUGUGAUCAGCUGUGUCCAAUCACAGCUGAUCACAUGGGACAUUUACACUGAUCAUCAGGGCACUGAUGACCAGUGUGCCCUGAUGAUCAGUGUAGCCCCAGCAGUGCCAGCUGUCAGUGUCCAUCAGUGCCACAUCAAUGCCACAUAUCAGUGCCUACCAGUGCCCAUCAAUGCCAUAUAUCAGUGCCCAUCUGAGCUGCCUUUCAGUGCCGCCUAUCAGUGCCAUGUAUCAGUGCUGCCUUUCAGUGCCCAUCAGUGAUGUCUGUCAAUGCCCAUCAGUGCCACCUAUUAGUGCUGCCAAUCAGUGCUGCCUAUCAGUGCGCAUCAGUG